AUGUUCCCCAAGGGCCUCUCCUGCCAGUUGCACAUCACCCAGCGGUGCCUGGCGGUGCUGCGAGCCCCGGGGAGGGUGUUUUCUCCCUUGCUGCUGCCUUCCGGCUCCUCCUCCACUCACUCCUCUCAAAACAAGAAGCCCAGCGAGCCUUCCGUGCACGUCAGUCAGCACGCGGUCUGCCCAGGUUAUCCAUCCCCCCGCGCUCGGCACGCGGCGCACACCCCGGUCAGCCCGCGGGAGAGCUGCCAGCUGGGGCCGCGGGGCUCUUGA